AUGGGGAGUGUGAUGAUUCCAGAAGCUCAUUCGUUAGUGUUAAUCGAUGGAGGAGUCCACAUUCCUCGGAGGAAGAAGUCCGGCAGCGUUGAAUCGAAGAAGGAAGAUGAAGGAGCCUCCAUUUCCAUGGUGGAAGCGGCGAAGAUUCUACUAGCAAUGGCCAACGGUGGAUUCUGUGAAAGGAAGAGGAAAAAAUCUCCGACGGUGAAACAGAGUAAGAAAUCUCCGACGGCGAAACAGAGGAAGAAAUCUCCGUCAGAGAAACAAAGGAAGAAGUCAAUGGAGUUAGAGGAGAGUUUUCCGGAGAUGCCGGCUUCGAUGAGAGAUAGGAUUGUGGGGAACGGUGGUUACGAAAUUCAAUUGGUGAUUCAAAAACAACUUGAGGAAAGUGAUGUGAGCAGAAACCAUGGAAGAUUGUGUCUGCCGGCGACGAAGGUGAAAACAGAAUUUGUGAGGGAAGAAGAGAGGAAUAUUUUGGAAGAAGAAAAUAAUGGGAAGAAGAAGAAUAAGAAGGGAUUGGAAGUUGGGGUUAUGGGUGAUGAUUUGAGGGAAAGUUCAAUGUGUCUGAAGAAAUGGAAGAUUGGGAGUGGAAAGUUUUACUGUUUGAUGAAGAAUUGGAAUUGUUUUGUAGAAGAAAAUGGUUUGAGGAGUGGGGAUUACAUUCAACUUUGGAGUUUCAGGAACAAUAAUAUUUCUGAUCAGCUCUGUUUCGCCAUUGUUAAACACUUGCAUGUUGUAUGA